AUGAGGUCAAUAAGAUAUUCAUCAUUGGUUAAAAUUAAAAUCCCAUAUCAAAAAUCAUAUUUCCAUACAACAACAACCAAGCGAGUACAAAAUUCGAUUAAUUCCAAUGAUAAUAAUUCAUUCAAAAAUAUUACUCCAUUAGAAUUAUAUAAUCAACGAGUUUCUGAAAAUAAACUUCGUGAUGAUCCAUAUCAAAGGAAAAUCAUUACUUCAUUAUCAAAAUUACAUGAAAAAUUAACUUCAUAUAUUCCACCAAAAGUAAUUACUCCAUCAAUUUCUGAUUUGACUCCAAAAAUAACUAUAGCGAAAAUAUUCAGUUCCUUUUUAGGUAAAUCUUCUGCCAAAAAUAAUAACAAUACUCCUUCAUCUUUAUUAGUUGAUGAACAAACAUUAUUGACUGUUAGUAAUGAAGUUCGAGGGAUUUAUUUAUAUGGAGAUGUUGGAUGUGGUAAAACCAUGUUAAUGGAUUUAUUUUAUGAUACAAUACCUAAAAAUUUACCUAAAAAAAGAUUACAUUUCCAUCAAUUUAUGCAAAAUUUACAUAAACGAUCUCAUCAAUUAAAAAUUCAAUAUAAAUCUAAGAAUAAUAAUAAUAAUGGUAGUGGUAGUGGUAGUGGUAGUGGUAGUCAUAAUGAUAUUGAUGUUAUACCCUUAUUAGCAAGUGAAAUUGCUCAAACAUCAACAAUUUUAUGUUUUGAUGAAUUUCAAGUGACAGAUGUAGCUGAUGCCAUGUUAUUACGUCGAUUAAUGAUGUUAUUAUUACUGCCAAAAUUUGGGGUUAUAUUAUUUGCUACAUCAAAUCGAGCCCCCGAUGAUUUAUAUUUAAAUGGAAUUCAAAGAGUUAGUUUUAUUCCUUGUAUUAAAUUAAUUAAACGUCAAUGUCAUAUAAUUUAUUUAAAUUCUCCAACUGAUUAUAGAAAAAUUCCUAAACCAAUUUCAUCAGUUUAUUAUUUCCCUAAACCAGGAUUAAAAUGGGAUCUGAAAAUUAAUAAAAAUAAUUGUUUAAAACAUAUUGAAUCAUGGUAUGAAUAUUUCAAUGCUUCUGCUUCUGCUUCCGCUUCUGCUUCUGCUUCUGCUUCUGCUUCUGCUUCUGCUUCUGCUUCUGCUUCUGCCUCUGCUUCUGCUUCUGCUUCUAGUGAUAAACAAAAUAUUAAAUUAAAAAAUUAUAAAGUUGAAGUUUGGGGACGUCAAUUAAAUGUACCAAUUUGUUCACCACCUUAUGUUGCUCAAUUUACAUUUCAUGAAUUAUGUGGUACUCCAAUGGCAGCAGGAGAUUAUUUAGCUUUAGCUCAAAGUUUCCAAUCAUUUAUUAUAACUGAUAUACCUUAUUUAAGUAUUGAUGUUCGUGAUCAAGUUAGAAGAUUUAUAACAUUUUUAGAUGCAAUUUAUGAUAAUCAUGGUAGAAUUGCUGUAACUAGUGCUAAUUCAUUUAAAGAUUUAUUUGUUGAACCAGAAAUUAUUGAAAAAAAUAAUUAUUAUGAAUUACAUCAAAAAAAUGAUCCAAAAAAGAACGACAUGGAUGCUUGUGAUGAAGACGAAGAAGAAGAAGACGAUGAAUUGGUGAUUAAACAUGGAUUUGAUAAACUGAUUGCUAGAAAGGCAAAAAUGUUUGUUAAUGAUGAAGAAAGAUUUGCUUUUGCUAGAGCAUUAAGUCGAUUAUCACAAAUGAGUACAACUGAAUGGAUAGAUCAAGUUAGAGAUAUAUAA